CCUGUUCUCGUUCGUUUUCUGUUCUGAAAUUCGAUUUCGUAUGGCGUACGGAUGUAUACAUGUGUUGUGCUGCUGUAGAUGAUCUGAUAGUACGAGAUCGAACAUUCGAAUUACGGUUUGGAUUUAGGGAUUUUAAUGAAUCGUACAAUGCAUUGCAGGAAUAUGUUGAACGUGGAAGAUGCAGGGAAUUGGCCAAGUCUUCGUCGUUUUACCGGAGGGUGUACUCGGAGAUAGAGGAACUUGGAUGGGAACGGCUGAAAAUAUUAGGUCGAGAUUUAACGUUUUUCAGCUUCCAUAUUAUUGAUCAGAAGGGAAGAGAGCACAUACUGGAAAUUCAGCUGGAUAAAGACUAUCCUAAAUGCCCACCUUCGGUUUCAGCUGACAUUCCGUACAUGUUUAAUCUAGAAUGGACGGAAAGCAUGAGACUGAAGGAUGUGAUGCGCCAGUUCCAAGAGCAUCUGAACAAACUUCAAGAAUUUUGGUCGGUCUUAGAUGACAUUGACAAAUCUCUCUGUGUGGUUGAUGCAAAGCAACCAUCUAGGGCCUCAACUGUCCGUCGGAUUCAAGCUGGAAAUGAUUGCAUUAUCAUCGUUCAUGUCAACUUCAACGACCCUAAAUCGCUACCUGAGUGCCGGUUUAUGGAUCCUGGACCUCCAGCAGCUAUGCAUAUGGAUUGCUUAAGAAUGAGAUGGAGAAGAAACAGCAAAAAAUGGUCAAAGGAAAGAUCGUUUUCCGGAAACCUCGUAUGUGUUCUAGAUGCUGAGCUGCCAAGACCCCACAGUGUCCAACAUGAAGCUGAUCAUCAACAAAUUGAAUGUGGAAUUUGCUAUGCCCAGUUUCUACCGACCGAUGAGGAGCUCGGAGCUAGAAGCGGAACAAGAACUGACUACAUUUGUGAUAACACGAGUUGCAACAAGUCAUUCCACAGUCUCUGCCUCAUAGAUUGGUUGCGGUCGAUCACAACAACCAGACAGUCAUUUGAUGUUCUCUUCGGGAACUGCCCUUAUUGUUCAGACCCAGUUGCCGUCAAAAUCGACGGCACGAAGAAGUAGACGUUAGACAACCGUAAUUCUCCAUGCGGGAUACACGAACAACAAACACCCACGCUUUCUGCUUUACAGGACAACCUUGCUUCAGCGGUGUUUCCUCUCAAAGAGCCCAUCAGGACCUGAGUAUGGGUGGUAGAGGAAGAGUUUAACACAUCGAGACUAAGUGAACGAAGCACAUUGAGCAGUCUUAGUCAACUGCUGAUGAUCACUUCUACGUUAGAGAAAGCUGCAUGAGAGAGAAGCUUACAGAUGGUGGCCCUUCGUGGUGGGGGUGACCCUUUGAUAAGUUAUAGAUCGACAAAACAGUGCAGGUAGCGAGUUUACAAAAAGGCGGGACCUCGUACACGUGCGACUCCGCAUUCUCUCGAAAGAACUUCUCUCUCAUCUCUUAGUUUCUGUAUUUGACAAGUGGCUAUAUGUAAUAUAUAUCUAUCCAACCUUCAGCCAAAAAGAACAAAGUUUGAAUAGAAAUUUGUGUUUUGUA